UUUCCUGUUUCGAAUUCCUCAAAUAUUAACGCAAAAAUUCUCAAAUGGGAAACCUUGCUAAUGUCAAAUGGGAUUUAUGGAGCGCAAUAAAUUUUGAAUUACCUUAAUUAAGAGUGUGCCACCCAUAUAAGAACAACACCACCUGCAGUGUCUGUCCUAUUUUCCAAAGCUCUGCAUGCUUACAAAUGGAGCAAACCACCAUCGUCUCAUUCUAUCUCUUUCUUCUCUACAUCUCCACUUGUCCACAAGUACUUCAUUCAGCCAUAACCUCCGACCACCACCACCGGCACCGCCACCAACGCCAUGACAGGAGAUCUGUAAAGCUUUUUGUUUUCGGGGAUUCGUAUGCUGAUACUGGGAACAGCGGCAAAUCUGCAACUGGUUCGUGGAAGCCGCCUUAUGGGAUCACUUUUCCCGGAAAGCCGGCAGGCCGCUUCUCCGAUGGCCGCGUGCUCACUGAUUAUAUAGCUUCCUUUUUGGGUAUAAGAUCUCUAGUACCUUACGAAUUGAGAAACACUGAAGAGAAAUCGACACUAAGGAACGGGAUGAACUUUGCAUAUGGAGGAACUGGUGUUUUUGAGACUUUGGUGAGUGCACCAAACAUGACUACCCAAAUCGACUUUCUCCAACAACUAGUCGAAGAAAAAUUGUAUACCAAAAGUGACUUGGACUCGUCCGUCGCUUUAGUAUCACUAGGUGGAAACGACUAUGCUGCUUAUUUUCUUAAAGGAAACCAGAGUCAGGAUUUUUCAGCGGUGUCCACAUCGAUUGUUAACCAGCUUGUGGUGAACAUAAAGCGUAUAAAUGAUUUGGGAGUGCGAAAAUUAUUGGUUACAGCAAUAGAGCCCAUGGGAUGUUUGCCAGCCGCAACUUCCAUUUUUUCUUCUUAUCAGAAUUGCAGUGAAAGCAUGAAUGCAGGUUCAAGAUUCCACAACCAGAUUUUGCACCAAAAGGUUGAAGAUUUAAAGAAGCAGACAACUACUAGAUCUACAUUUGUAAUCUUGGAUCUCUAUAAUGCAUUUCUGUCCGCAAUUCAACAACAAAAACACCUGCAACAAGCAGGAAAUUCGACAAGAUCAGAGAAUCCACUGAUGCCAUGCUGUGUUGGGGUGAGCAGCGAAUACUCGUGUGGGAGUGUGGACGAGAAAAGUGGAGCAAACAAGUACACAGUGUGCAGUAAUCCGGAAAGGUCUUUCUUUUGGGACAUGGAGCACCUUUCGCAGAAUGGCUGGCAUGCUGUUUAUUCUGCAAUCAAGUCUUCUCUUCGUCCAUUGCGUUAAUCGGUAGAUUUGAGGAUGGUGCUCACCCAACUUUGCCACUAGCUAGGCACUAGAGGGUUGGAUUGGAUUUAAUUGCUAAAUAAUUUUAUUUAUAUCAACCUUUUUUUUUUUUUUAAGAGACGCAAGAGGUUUGUAAAAAGGGAGGGGAUCGAUUUGCUCAUUC